AUUCGCUUCCCGCCCGCGGCGGGGCCGGAAACCCCCCACCCCCCCCAAAACCGCCCCCCCCACACCCCAAAAAAAAAAUCCCAAAUCCCCCCCCCCUUCCCCGGCACCCCGCACGCACCCCAUGGAGCCGGGCCCCUACUGGGAGCCCCCACCCGAGCCCCCCCCCCCAAUUCCAGGCCCCUGGCCCCCCCCCCCGGUCGCAUACACCCAAACUUUUGGGGGGGGGCUCCUGGGGGAGGCCUGGGGGGCCGCGACCCCCGAGGGGGGGGGGAGGGGGGAGGGGGCCCCCCCACCUCCCUACCUGCCCUUCGGGGGGGGGCCCCCCCUCGAGGAGCCCCCCCCCGCCUGCCUCUACCAGGACCUGCAGCCCCCCCCCUGCGCCCCCCCCGGAGCCUUCCAGGGCCCAGCCCUGCAGGGCCUGGGGGGGGGCGACGGCUUCGUGGGACCCCCGUGGGCUCCUGAUGGGGCGCGGUGCCCCCAGGACCCUGAGCGUUACCCCCCCUUCGCCGCCUUCCCCCCGUGGCCAGCGUUGGGGGGCUGCGAGCUGGGCCCCCCCUGGGUGGGGGGGGCGGCCCCCCCCGAGGUCCCCCCAGCGCCCCCCCCCUCACAGAGCCGCCCCUCCCCCCCUUACCGGAGCCGCCUCAGUCUCGGGGGGGGGCCCCCCCGCUACCGGCCCCCCCCCAUGCUGGAUCCGGGGCGCUCGGGGCCGGGGCUUUUCGGGGGGCUGAGCUCCACGGGGGGGGCGCGCAGCCCCCCCGGCUCCCCGGACCCCCUGCGCCUCAAAGCUCCGCAAAUCAACGUGGGCUCCGGCUUCCAGGCGGCCGUACCGGAGCUGGGGGGCUGCGCCCGGAGCCCCCCCACCCCGGGGGGGGCAACGCUGGCCUGGAGCCCCUGGCCCGGGUUGGAGGGGGACCCCACGACCCAGCGGCAAGUGGAGAUGCUCCUGGCCCUAUCCUGCUCCAGCGCCGUGCCGGGGGGGGGCACCAACACUGAGCUGGCCCUGCACUGCCUGGCCCGUGCCAGCGGCAGCCUGACGGGAGCUCUGGAGCUGCUGCUGCUGGGGACGCCAGCCUGGCCCGAGGCGCACCCGCUGGCUGGGUACCACUACGCUGGCAGCGACUCCUGGAGCCCCCGUGAGCGGCGCCUCUUUGCCCAGGCGCUGGCACGGCAUGGGAAGGAUUUCGGGCGCAUCCAGCGGGCGGUCCCCUCCAAGCGGACGACGCAGUGCGUGGAGUUCUACUACCUGCACAAGGCGCGGAUGGGGAGGGGGCGCAGGCAGGUGGUGCCUGAGGGUCUCGGUGCACGGUUCCCCUGCAAGCUCUGUGGAAAGAUCUUCCCCAAAAUCAAGAGCCGCAACGCCCACAUGAAGAUCCACCGGCAGCAGGACGACUGGGGGGGGGCCUCCCCCCUCAUCCUGCCCCCACCCUGGGCUCCUGCCCUGGGGGGGGCCCUCACCGCUGUGCCCCCCCCCGCGGCCGCGAGCCCCCCGCCAUGGGGUGGGGGUCCCGGGUGGGCCGGGCCCCCCCCAGACACAGCCAAGGCUGGAGGAGGAGGAUUUAUUGCAGAGGAGGGGGGGGGUGCUGGGGGGGCCCCCUGUGAAGGGGGGGUGAGGGGGGGGCGCAAUUUGAAGCUCCCCCCCCAUAAAUAAAAGCCGGGUGGCCCCGCAUCCAA